ACAAUCAUGGGAAUAUCCAACCCAGAUGAAGAAUCUGCUCAAUCGAUUCGACCCAUUUCACGUUUCAGGUACAACUCGCCCCUAGUACAGGUAUGCCUAAUUGGUGUUGUCUGUUUCUGUUGUCCUGGAAUGUUCAAUGCUUUGUCAGGAAUGGGUGGUGGUGGCCAAGUUAACCACGACGCUGCUAAUAAUGCCAAUACUGCUCUUUACACCACCUUCGCCAUUUUUGGCAUUCUGGGUGGUGGCAUUUACAAUCUUUUGGGCCCUCAAGUGACCCUCCUCUCCGCAUGUUCCACUUAUGUGCUUUACGCCGGCGCUUUUCUUUACUACAAUCAUUACCAGCAUCAGACUUUUGCUAUUGUUGCAGGUGCUCUUUUGGGCAUCGGCGCUGGCCUUUUAUGGGCGGCGGAAGGGGCCAUUAUGACCUCUUACCCUCCACCUAACCGGAAGGGUACUUAUAUUUCAAUUUUUUGGAGUAUUUUUAAUAUGGGUGGUGUUAUUGGUGGACUUAUUCCUUUUGUUCUUAAUUACAAUCGUGGUAAUGAUGCUACUUCUGUUAAUGAUGGAACUUAUAUUGGGUUCAUUUGCUUUAUGUCUGCUGGUGCUCUUCUUUCUUUGGCCGUUUUGCCACCGAGGCUUGUUGUGCGUGAUGAUGGGAGCCGGUGUACCAACAUUAAGUACUCUAAUGUGACCACUGAGGUUAUUGAAAUUGCUAAGUUGUUUUCGAAUUGGCGGAUGCUUUUGCUUAUGCCUGCUUCUUGGGCUAGUAAUUUCUUUUAUACUUAUCAGUUUAAUAAUGUUAAUGGGGCCCUUUUUAGUCUGAGGACAAGGGGUUUGAACAAUGUUUUCUAUUGGGGUGCUCAAAUGUUGGGUUCUGUUGGGAUUGGUUAUGUGUUGGAUUUUAGUUUUCAGAGUAGGAGAAGAAGGGGAUUUUUUGGGAUUGGCUUGGUGGCUCUGUUUGGUACAGUAAUUUGGGCAGGUGGUCUUGCUAAUCAACUCACUUACUCUAAGCCUAAAACUGUGACGUUGGAUUUCAAGGACUCUGGUCGUGAUUUUGCUGGCCCCUUUGUGUUGUAUUUCAGUUAUGGGUUGCUGGAUGCUAUGUUUCAGAGUAUGGUUUACUGGGUCAUUGGAGCCCUGGCUAAUGAUUCGGAGACUCUUAGCAGGUAUAGUGGAUUCUACAAGGGAGUGCAAAGUGCAGGGGCUGCAGUGGCUUGGCAAAUUGAUACUCACAAAGUUUCAUUCCUCUCGCAAUUGAUUGUUAAUUGGUCUCUCACUACGGCUGGUUAUCCGUUGCUUGCACUUCUUGUCAUUUUAGCUGUAAAGGACGACAAUAAGGCUGAGGAAGGUCCUCCCAAGGAUGUUGCUCUUCCAUCUUUUGAUGAAGCUUCUGGUGGGGUUGCCAAGCCAAAUUAAUAGCAUCCCUUGUUACAUUCUCUUCGUCUAUAUAGUUUGAACAUUGUGCCUCCUAUUUCUGUACUCUUGUUUUCUAUAGUGCCAUCUCAAUCUUUCAGAAACUUGAUGUCUCUCAAUUGUAGAGUAUAUGUUGCUUCGUCAUUGUCCAUCCCAUUAAAGGAAAGAAAUAAAUUUAAGAUUACGUGUUUACAGCUGAA